GAGGCGGAAGCGGAAGUGAUGUGCGCCCCCGUCCCGGCGGCGGCGGGGAGCAGUAGGAGGCGGUGGCUGUGGGGAGGGCCCCGCGAGUGGCGCGGCGGUUGCCGAGUAACGGUAGGAGCUAGCUGAAGCUCUUUGCACGAUGGCAGAAGCUACCGUCUCUCCCCUGAAGCACUUUGUGCUUGCUAAAAAGACUAUCACUGCCAUUUUCGACCAAUUGCUGGACUAUGUCACAGAGGGAGCAACUUUUGUGGAAGCCACAUACAAGAACCCAGAGCUUGAGCAUGUAGCAACAGAAGACGAACUAGCAAAAAUACAGGCAUAUAAAAACAAGUUAGCAGUCAUCGGUGAGGUGCUUUCACGGAGACACAUGAAAGUGGCUUUUUUUGGCAGAACGAGCAGUGGGAAAAGUUCAGUUAUUAAUGCAAUGCUGUGGGAUAAGGUACUUCCUAGUGGGAUUGGCCAUACAACUAACUGCUUCCUCAGUGUGGAAGGGACAGAUGGAGAUAAGGCUUAUCUUAUGACAGAAGGGUCAGAUGAAAAGAAGAGCGUCAAGACAGUCAAUCAGCUUGCUCAUGCACUUCACAUGGAUAAAGAUUUGAAAGCUGGCUGUCUUGUCCAUGUCUUCUGGCCCAAGUCAAAGUGUGCUCUGCUGAGAGAUGAUUUGGUUUUAGUGGACAGCCCUGGCACAGAUGUCACUACUGAACUGGACAGCUGGAUUGAUAAAUUCUGCUUAGAUGCUGAUGUGUUUGUCUUGGUUGCCAAUUCUGAAUCAACUCUCAUGAACACGGAAAAGCAUUUUUUCCAUAAAGUGAAUGAACGACUUUCCAAGCCAAACAUCUUCAUCUUGAAUAACAGAUGGGAUGCCUCUGCAUCAGAACCGGAAUACAUGGAAGAUGUGCGCAGGCAGCACAUGGAGCGCUGUCUGACUUUCCUAGUUGAUGAGCUCAAAGUUAUUGAUCCUGUAGAAGCGAGGAAUCGCAUCUUUUUUGUUUCUGCAAAAGAAGUUCUGAGUGCCAGGAGACAGAAGGCCCAAGGAAUGCCAGAGGGUGGUGCAGCACUUGCCGAAGGGUUUCAGACAAGAUUCCAGGAGUUUCAACAUUUUGAGCAGAUAUUUGAGGAGUGUAUCUCGCAGUCAGCCGUGAAAACCAAGUUUGAACAGCACACUAUCAGAGCUAAACAGAUAAUAGAUACUGUGAAAAACAUUAUGGACGCCAUAAACGUAGCAGCAGCAGAGAAAAGAGUCCAGUCAAUGGAAGAGCGAGAAGAUCAGAAGGAUAGACUGGACUUUGUUCGAAACCAGCUGAACAUUUUGACAGAAGAUACUAAGGAAAAAAUCAAACGCGUUACUGAGGAAGUAGAAAAUAAAGUCUCUUCUGCCAUGACUGAUGAGAUUUGCAGACUUUCGGUUUUAGUUGAUGAAUUUUAUUCAGAUUUUCACCCUUCUCCUCAAGUACUGAAGCUGUAUAAGACAGAACUGAACAAACAUAUAGAAGAUGGUUUGGGAAGGAACCUGGCUGAUCGUUGUUCCAAUGAAGUCAAUGAGUCAAUGCAUCAGUCGCAGCAGGAGAUGAUUGAAAAUCUGAAACCGUUGUUGCCUUCUGGUGCUCAGAGCCAGCUCCACUUGCUAGUUCCUUGCAGGAGGUUUGACCUUAGCUAUGAUCUAAACUGUCAUAGUCUGUGUGCAGAUUUUCAAGAGGAUAUCAUGUUCCACUUUUCCUUGGGAUGGACUUCACUUGUAAACCGUUUCGUGGGUGCUAAACAGGCUCAGAAAGUACUGCUGGGACUAGCAGAUCCAAACUUAAAAAUCCCUCGUCCUUUAGCUACCACCCCGUCUACUGCCAGCCUUCCUGCCAUGACUCCAGAGAAUGUAUCGCAGGAUGAUUUUAUGGUUCCUUUGGUAAUGAGUUUAGCUUCACUGACAUCACGGACCUCUAUGAGCAUCAUCGUUGUUGGCGGAGUGAUUUGGAGAACAGUAGGCUGGAAACUCAUCUCUCUUUCCUUAAGUAUGUAUGGGUUGUUAUAUCUUUAUGAGAGACUCACUUGGACCACUAAAGCAAAAGAGAGAGCCUUUAAACAGCAGUUUGUAAACUAUGCUACUGAAAAGCUGCAGAUGAUCGUCAGUCUCACAAGUGCGAACUGCAGCCAUCAGGUGCAACAGGAAAUGGCCACUACCUUUGCUCGGCUCUGUCAGCAGGUGGAUAUUACCCAGAAAAACCUGGAAGAAGAAAUUGCUAGGCUUUCCAAAGAAAUAGAUCAGCUGGAGAACAUACAAAGCAGCUCCAAGCAGCUGAGGAAUAAAGCCAUUCACCUUGAGAAUGAACUAGAUGGCUUCAGCAGGCACUUUCUUCAGAACAGCAAAUAAAACAUUGUUGCCAACUUUCCCAGUGAUCCUUUGUAGGACAAGGUAGAAUUUUUACAAAUGACGCUUCUCCCGUGUGGAGUCACAUGAAAUGAUUUCUAUUUUAGAUGUUCCUUUCAUUACAUUUGUUAAUCGUUCUAAAAGGUUGACGGUAAAUCAAAAUGAAGAGCAGUGGUUCUUGUGUGUCAUGUUUUGCAGAUUUGCGGUUAAAAAAUAUCUUAAACACUAAAUUUCUUGGGGCACUUGACAAUAAAAACACAAAUCCUCACUGGUUUCCAUUAGUACUUAACAGUGGCAAGUCUCGCUUCCUGGCAUCCAGGAGUUUAUGCCGGGAGAGAGAGCUUAUUACGGUUACCACUGUCUCCUAGUUUGAGUUGUUUAGGAAUUACCUGGGGAUGGAGGAUGCUGCUUUUUCAUGAGUGUGUUUAAGGAUGGAAGAUACAAACUCUAGCAUGGAGAAGGACUUUUGACUUGUUUUGAAAGGAACUGAAAUUGUGUUGGGCAGCAGUUCUCUUCUGUAAAUGGAAGUGAAAACUGAUAGUAAAGCACAGAGCCUUCACUAAUGAAAUGCAGUAGGCUCUAGUUUCCCUUCUGGAUAACACAUUUAUACAAGAUGGCAUUGCUUAAGUAAAAAUAAACCUAUUUCAACAA